UUUUUUUUUUUUUGUUCGAACCUUAGUUUUGCCGUCAGCGCUUCCAAUAUAAACCAUCCAAGCUUACUACUCUAAAUCGUCGCUUCCUCCACGCUUCCUAAAGACUCAAUUCAGGAACCGCCGCGAUUCCAAGCGCUGCAUCACCAUUGACGAUUCCAUGCUUCGUAGACGGAUUUGGGCAUAUCUUUGAACGCUUCCAUUCAUCUUCUUGUACGCUUCCAAUGGAUUGUCUUCUUGAUGACCAUCUUGUCCAAAUAUUGUCCUGCCUUCCAACGAAACAAGCUGCUUGUACCUCUGUUCUUUCCAAGAGAUGGAGGACUCUCUUUGCUUUCAGUCAUAAUCUUCACUUUGAUGACAACUCCUUCCUGGAGUUAUUUACAAGCUGUAUACGCUCCCGAGGAGGAAACAAAAACUGUAUACGCUUCAAAAGUGUUUCCAUGAUUUUGUGGAUCAGACAUUGGCUUUACAAGGCUGUAACACUAUAAAGAAGUUCUCACUUGACCUUAGUCGAACAUAUGACGAUAGUGACAUUGACCGAGCUUCAUCUACGCAUAGAAGGUGUAUUGUGGUGGAAUUUUUCUAUCUCAUCCAAAAUCUUCACCAGCACCACACUGGUUAAGCUAUCGUUGAUACCCACAGUUUACGAACCACACUGCCCAAGACUUCUUCCUUCCGAUACAUCUCUCCCAUCACUAAAGGUUCUCCUCCUUUACAAAACCGCUUUUAAGGAUGAUCAAUUAUCUGAUGUACUUCUCAAUGCUUGCCCUGUACUUGAGGACUUGACCAUAGGAUAUUACAAGUAUCAUCCGGGUGUUUCAUACGUCAUAUCCAGCAAAAGCAUUAAGAGGCUCUCUGUUACCUAUAGCUGUGCUCGUAAACAUAAAGGUUUCUCUAGAAAUAUUCCAUUUGACACACCUAAUGUUGUCGACUUCUACUACUCUGAUUUUCUUGGGCGUGGAUCUCGAAACUUUCACUUGGGUUCACUUGCCAAAGCUACAUUGGACCUUCGUUUCAUAAAAGAUGACGAGCAAGCGGAUAUGAGGGAUAUCAUCUGUGAGAUACGCAAUGUCAAGACCCUACACUUGACUUCUUCCACUGUCGAGGUGAUUUUGCUAUGCUGCAAAAAUGGAUUACCAGUGUUCAACAACCUCGUUGAGUUAGGGUUUGCAAGUAAAGAAGAAGGUUGGAAAGUGUAUCUGCCUCUUCUGCUAGAGGGUUCUCCAAACCUUAAAACUCUGGUUCUCUCGGGUCUGAAUUGGUUCUCAUGUAAACGGCAUCGGUUUACUCGAAUUCCCCCCAAUAACCAAAUAAAGAUGUUGGUUAUCAACAAGUAUCAAGGAUAUGCAAGCGAGCUGAAACACAUUAGCCAUUUCUUACGGAAAAUGGAGUGUCUUGAAGUGGUAAAAGUUUACGUUGUUGCAGCUAGAAUGGAUGGCCUCAAAAAGAUGCAGGUCACAGAGGAUCUGUUGAAGCUUCCCGCAUCAUCAUCCAAACUCAAGAUACAAGUCCUAUGACUAUCAUCCAUAAGAUCAUAAGUUAUUAUGUGUAAAAUAUUUACAUUAGUAAGUUUUUUUGGUUUGUUUAGCGAUUUAUGAUUUACUGUGGUGCCAAUCAUAAAAACGAGAAAAAACAACUUAUAUAUUAGUUACCAUGUUUAGGUGUU